UAACCACCAUGAUGGGCCAUGGAGAAUGAUGAAUACCUAAGGAUCCAUUUACUUAUCUAAAACUAGACGUUUCUCAGGCGGAUUGUGAAUAAGAACUUUGCUGAAAAGGUUUACUUCUUUACAGGGGCCCAAACAGUGUCUGAGUUCCUGAUUGGCCAGUCAGAGCUCGUCAAUUUAACCUCACCUGCAGCAUCUGCCUUGGCAACCACCACCAAGCGACAACCGCCUAAGCCCCCACCAGUUAAUACUAAAGCAUCUGAAGCAGAGCUAGUUACAGAGCAGCCCACACUGCUAUCGGAUCCAGUAAGGACUUGAUGAGCCAUCUAUGUGCGUGCAUAUUGAACCAGGAUGGAUGAACAGGGGCCAGGGCAGUAGUGUCGUCACGCGCUUUCGCAGACUUCACGCCGAAGGCGAGCUUUGAAAUCAAGAAAUGCGACGUGCACCGCCUGGAGGAGGGCCCACCAGGGCAGGCGGAGCUGACCCGGGAGCAGGGCCUGCACUACUACCGAACCAUGCAGACUAUCCGCCGCAUGGAGCUGAAGGCCGACCAGCUGUACAAGCAGAAGAUCAUCCGGGGCUUCUGCCACCUCUACGACGGCCAGGAAGCAUGCGCCAUGGGCAUAGAAGCAGCCAUCAACCCCACCGACCACGUCAUCACAGCCUACCGCGCACACGGCUACACCUACACCCGGGGGGUGCCUGUCAAGCAGAUCUUGGCUGAACUCACCGGCCGUAAAGGGGGCAUCGCCAAAGGCAAGGGUGGCUCAAUGCACAUGUACGCACCAAACUUCUACGGCGGUAAUGGCAUCGUUGGAGCGCAGGUGCCUCUGGGAGCAGGUAUUGCCUUGGCAUGCAAGUACCUGGGCAACAACCAGGUGUGUGUUACGCUCUAUGGAGACGGAGCAGCCAAUCAGGGCCAGAUCUUUGAGGCGUACAACAUGGCGGCCCUGUGGAAGCUGCCGUGCAUCUUCAUCUGUGAGAACAACAAGUACGGCAUGGGCACGUCGGUGGAGCGGUCCUCCGCCAGCACCGAGUACUACCGCAGGGGGGACUACAUACCGGGACUCCGGGUGGACGGUAUGGACGUGCUGUCCGUCAGAGAAGCCACCAAGUUUGCUGCGGACCAUUGCAGAGCUGGAAAGGGCCCCAUCCUCAUGGAGCUGGAAACCUACCGUUACCAUGGCCACAGCAUGAGUGACCCGGGGGUCAGCUAUCGCACACGAGAGGAGAUCCAGGAAGUGCGCAGUAAGAGCGACCCCAUCUCCAUGCUGAAGGACCGCAUGCUCAGCAACAAGAUGGCCGCCAUGGAGGAGUUUAAGGAAAUGGACUCCGAGAUCAGGAAGGAGAUCGAGGAGGCGGCUCUGUUCGCCACGUCGGACCCCGAGCCCCCGCUGGACGCCCUGUGCGACCACAUCUUCCACAACGAGCCGCCGCUGGAGGUCCGCGGGACCACCCCCUGGUCCAAGCUCAAGUCCAGCAGCUAGACGCGCACCCCCCUCAUCCCCGUCCAGUGUUUAGUCCUCGAAGGGAGAGUUUCAUUUUAAACCUGGGCUUCCCGUCAACGGUUUUUCAUGGAGUGUUGUUCAAGUUAUUUAUGGGAGGUGAGGAGUCACCCAGGUUCCUUAGAAUCAGGUUAAAGUCGCACCAAAGGCUGCAGGGUUAAAGUAGCAUUGUGAAACAUUCAGAACACAGUGCCAUUGUGUUUUUCUUGUUCAUCAUAGGUAGUGAGGCAGACUGCCAAGUGUAGAUGUCCUCCUAACCCAGGGCCAGACCAGCUUUUAACUCAGAAAUUCCUUCUCAUGACUGAGCUCUUUGGCAGUAGUGAGUUGCACCAUCCGCUCUUUGUGGGUGGUGCAUUUUUCCAACUAAGAUGGCAACCUGUUCACAUAUUGACAAUUUCAAUAGAUUUAUGCAGCGUUGAAUCCUUUUCUUUUUGUGGACCUCUGUGCGUGGUUCACAUUCCCUUCCUCCUCGGUCCACAAAAGUCUGUCUCGCACCGUUGUGAGAGGUCAACCAGGGGGCUGCGUGGGGGUCUUCUGCCACGGCGGUGCCUCUAGUCAUGGUUUUAAAAUGAAACUCUUCUUGUGCUUUGACCCAACAUCGACUCCCUUUGACCUGACGAGCCAGAGAGUUGUUGUGGUAGAUUACAGAACUCGGUAGACCACUGCCUCAUAGUGCACCUUUUCCAAACUGUUCCUGAAGCGGUGUCGGUGUCCUUUAUCUCAUAAGGAUACAUUAUCAUAACUAUAUGAAAAGUUACUGUCUCCUGACUGCGUCAGAUUAGUGCAAUCUUUACUAUUUAUGAACUAGGAUCUAUUCUAGCCUUGCUGUGUUGACCCUAUCCAGCGGCUGUGAUUGGCACCUGGGUCUUCCCAGGUUGUCUCCUUUAUAAUUUAUUUUUAGCUUAUUGUUCAGUGUACUACUGGCUGUGGUUUUAAGCUGUGGCACUGAUUAUGUUGCAAGAAUGUGUAACCGCUGGACCGUUGCAUUCCGAACAAAGUACUUGGAUUCCCGCAUGAUAUUCACAUCCAUCUACCCGUGGGCUUCAUAUGUGGCCAUGGUUUAUUAAUUUAGAUUUAUUUCCUUGUAUGAAACAAGCUUUCAACAAUUUAUUAGAUUAUUUUGUUUUAAGUCCUCUGAUCUGGCUCUUUGAUACCAUGUGCCCUGUUCAGGAUUUCCUGAUUUGGUUGUGUUGCACUUUAUCUCAUUAUUUAAUUUAUUUAUAUACUAGGUGUGGAAAAAAUCUUGACAAUUUUUAUUUUGCUCCAACCUUGCACUGAAACAAACGGCACUGACUUAAUAUAUAUACAUGAUUCCACUCAUCAGAAGUCAUCUCUGGGUCGAGCUAAUGCAUUAACAGAUGGUUGGUGCAAAGCAAGGAGGACUUCAAUGUUCUGGAUGCAGAGUUUCUACCUCUAGGUCCAGGGCAUAAUGUCCCACCAUGGAGCUGCACUGUGGGUCAGCUCAAGAGUUGGCCGUUGGCUCUCUGAGGCAAUGAGAACCACAGCUCUAUACAGUCCACCCAUCCCCCUCCUUAAAGCUGUACAUUAGCUGUACAGAUUUAAGAUAUUUAUGCAGUUUAUGUUGGAAACAGUGUAAAGUGAAUAUUGCAAUAAAGUUUACUUUCAAUAUUUUA